AAGAUCGCGUUUAUAGGGUUUAUCAUCAUUUCCCGUAAUCGUAAUCGGAGUUCAGGCUUCAGCAUUCUCUCUUCUUCUCUCUCGCAGCCGUAGUUUUUGAUCUUCUCUUCAAUUCUCUCUCCUGAUGGCCACGUCCGCCGUCCUCUCCGGUGCCAGAUCGAUGCUUCGAGCUGCUUCCUCACGCAGCGCCGCUGCUUCUACUGGCCGCUUCGCCUCUCAAGCGAAAUCCGCUCCACCAUUGUUUAGAGCCACUGCCAGAAGAAGCCCACUGCUUUCUCCUCUCCGAAAUCCUGUGGAACUGAGCUUCUGUGUGGAGUCAUUGUUACCAUAUCACUCGGCUACAGCUUCAGCGCUAAUGACUUCAAAGCUUUCUAUCUCUGGCCAAACCUAUGGCUGGCUCUCUGACGGUACUUUCUCACAUCCUUCAAUUUUGUAAUGCUUGAAUAAUGGCUUAAAUAUGUACUAAAUAUUGAGUGGAGAUAUGCUUUGUUUGAUUGAUGAAAUGUGUUUGAGAGCUGUUUCUGUAUUGGCUUUCUAGAUUGUUGUAUUAGACAUAGGUAGAGAACUAGUUUAGAUUUUGCCAUUUAAGAAGCUUUCUCGAUCAGUGUAGAUUCUUUUUGGUUGUUGCUAUGGCGAAAAACUGGAUCAGUUGUUGUUGUCUUUCUGCUUAACGUUGUAAAGAGAUAGCGGCUCAAUUGGUCUAGUUUUUCGAUCUUGUAGGCUGACACAAGUGUAGAUGGAGACAACGAAGCCAAGAUCUGGGUUUUCAUGCAAAUAAUAUAAACGAUUAGAACGGGUUUCAGGCAAUAAGAUAGGCUUUAGAUACACAUCAAGCAAUGGUUGAUGCUGCAUUGUGUUUUAAAAGAACUGGUUCUUACAUAUCUUCUUAAAAAAAAUACAUGUACCCGGAAACGUGUCUUCUUUUCUUGUUGGUUAUAGCAUUUGAGUUAUUACUGAUUGGUCUUAUACUCCCAGCUUGCAAUGAUGAUGUGUGAUGAGUUAGCCAGAGGAACAAUGAAGCUACAGUUUAUGUACAAAACCUCUACCUUUUAAAGCCUUCUUCUUUAGAAAAACUUAGGAACGAAAACCCUCUUAAUUUUGUUUCUGAGUUUCUUGGAGAGCUUUUCUUUGUUUUCAGCCUAUUAAGUAAGACAUGUUGUAUUGGUUGGACGAGUAACUGAUGUUUGGUAUAAUUUAUCAGCUUGCAAAGAGGACUUUUGAUGAUGUCUACGCGUACCCAAUGCGAGAUUGUUGAUUGCGAGAGAAGGUUUAAGAGUAUUUAGGCAAAGAAUAAUUGUUGUACUGUUCAAACACAAAUCAUCUCUUUGUCUUUAGUUUUCAUAUCAAAGACAAAUGUCCAAUAUCUUUUGAAUCAAAUCUCUAUGAUUUCUAUUACAUCAACA